AUGAGACUCGGUGGUCCGGGCUCGGGAGAGGUGAGAAACUGCUGCCACGGGAAAAACCAAGCCCCGCCCAGGUUCAUCUCUGCUAGCUGGGAAAAGCAGUGUCUGCUUGAGGAAGAGAACAGCCUUUCAGCCCAGACUACAGCUGCAGAUCACAUGAGGCUGGAGAAAGAGAAAAAUCCUUGUCCCACGGGGAGGAGGAAGAAAACCGUCCUGGAGCCAGGCCAUUGGAGCCUCCUACUGCUGAGAGGGGGCCAGGGCCAUGAGGGGCCCCACCCCUUAGAUGUGUUGCUGCCAGCCGAGCGCUCCUGGCGAGGCUGCUUCCUGGACGGAGACGGCCACCUUCCUGCUCUGGCCCACGUGGCCUUUCCUCGGGGGGCGGGUGGGGAGAGAGUGUACAAGUUCUCCGGUUUCUCAUAA